AUGUCUUCCUCCUCUUCAGCUUCCGACAACGGUGAUUCCCUCGGUGGUCCUAGCUCCGUGGUUAGUAGAAGUAGCGACGUUUUUGAGGCCCCAUCUCCAUCUCGCCCUCGCUUCGCCGCCAACGACGUCUGGCCGGAACCUUUCCUCGAAUCUCUAGCCGUUCAAGUCGCCGUUGAUGCUUCCUUAACCGUAGGCCUCCUAGCUGCCGCACCCGCACUUGCCAAUGUUUUUCGGGUAUCCACAAUGUGGCAGGCUGUUUCUCGUUCGGAUCAUCUAUGGCAACUCCUUUCUCGCCAAGUUUGGGGAAGAACCCGUUUGAUGCAUGACACAUGGCGAGAUGAGUUUAUCUACCAUCAUCGGACGGCUAGAAACUUUCAGAUGCGUUCUUACGUACAUUUCACCCUCAGUUUUGAUCUGUCUGACGUGGACGAGCCGGAUAGUCUCUCUUGCCGCUGUCUCAGACUCUCCGAUCUCUAUUUAGCAGCAGGAUUCGCUGACGGAACAGUCCGUCUCUUUCUUUUGAGCAGCCGUCUCCACGUCAGGACACUUCGUCCGCCUCUACGAGACCGUUUUGGAAGAUUCUCCCGAGCAGUCUCAGGCAUUGUUAUCUCUGGUUCCAGAUUGGUUUUCGCCACGAUGGAUGGAGACAUCCACGUGGCGGAAAUUGACGGCGUGGGUAGUCACACGCGCACAGCUUUCCUCGGAGAUAUCGUUAACGACGGCGCGUUAGUGGAUUUCACGGGCUGUGGACGGUACUGGAUCGGUCUUUUCGCUGGUGUACCGGGUCGAGCUUUUCACAUUUGGGACUGUAUUAGUGAAGAAACAACAUUCAUUGGUGGUUCCCUAACCGAUCCAGAAGCUGUUAUGGGAUGGCACACGUUAACGGAGGUAACGACGUCUCUUGGCCGGCUUCGAAUCUCCGGUAGAGAAACAGCGGUGGCGUGUACUCAGUGGAGAAUCAUGGUGAUUGAUCUGAGAAACCAAGGAGUGAUCAUUGGAGAGGACGAAGAGCUACGGAGAGGACUUAUAGUGACGGGUUUUGACGCUAACGAUGAGGCUUACGUUAGAAUGGAUAGCAGGGGUAAUGCUAUUGUGCGCAGAGUGAGGACGCAAGAGACGGUUUGUGAGUUUCGCGUGAGCAGAGCUGUGCAGAGAAGAGUGAUGGGUUGUGUUAAUAGACUGCACGCGCUAAUGUGCGCAGGAGGAGUGAUGCGCAUAUGGGAAGUAGAGAGAGGAGGAGAAUAUCUAUACAGUUUUAGAGAGAGAGUUGGAGAAGUUGAUGCUAUUGUUGCUGACGAUAGACACGUGGCGGUUGCUUCAUCUUCAUCAAUGGCUAUGAGUACUAUACAUCUGUGGGACUUCGGUGCACUGUAG